GCAGACAUGAAGUCAUAUCUGUGGUAUGCCUUUGCCCUCUGCUUCCAAAUCGGGGUUUUAACAGGAAAAACCAAUGACUCAGACAAGCAUAAGAUGUUUUCAUUUUACAAUGGAGGUAUACAGAUUUCUUGCGAGUACCCUGAGACCACCCAACAGCUAAAAAUGCAGUUGUUCAAAGGGGAAGAAGUCCUCUGUGAGUUCACCAAGACCAAGGGAAAUGUUGGGUCCAGCAAGAAUCCCAAGUCCUGUCCAUAUCAGUUGUCCAACAACAGUGUCUCUUUUUUCCUAAACAACCUGGACAGCUCCCAGAGCAGCUAUUACUUCUGUAGCCUGUUGAUUUUUGACCCACCUCCUUUUCAAGAAAAUACUCUUCCUGGAGAAUAUUUGCAUAUAUACGAAUCAGAAUCACAGCUUUGCUGCCCGCUGAAGCUCUGGUUGCCCAUAGGAUGCUCAGUUUUUAUUGUGGUAUACAUUUUUGGGUGCAUAUUUAUCUUCUGGUUUGCAAAAAAGAAGUAUGGAUCCAGUGUGCAUGACCCCAAUAGUGAAUACAUGAUCAUGGCAGCAGUCAACACAAACAAAAAAUCUAGACUUGCAGGUGUGACACCUUAAUCUGGAGUACUCUGGCACCUAUGGAGGAACCACACUGACCAGUUCUCCUGAAAGUUGAACUGAGAAAUUCUAUUUUCUGGAUCACGGGGCAUCUGAUUUGAUGUGACUACAGGAAUCUCCUUUGAGUAUUUUGUUUGUCUGGAUCAGUGACUACUAGGCCCUCAGAAUUUCAACAGACUGCCUGGGAAUUUCUGAGUUCUUCUAAAGCAAACACCUUCUUAUAGAGGGUCCAGCUCAUGUGUACUCAACAAACAGACAUCACUUGGUUAGAAUCCCCCACUCUCUGCACCUGCUUCUAGCUACACACUGGCCAGUAAAACAAACACAUCUACAACAUGUUCACAAAAUGCUACGGGUAUUAAUCUGUAAAGCACACAGGCAGUCAAUGGCCAGCAUCUGCCCUCAUUUUUCAGAUUACUUUUUCUUGCUGUAGGGAUCAGUAUUCUUUCUAGAACCGACAGUAGAGGGAGAUGCUUCAUAACAGUAGCUCUUGUGUUUCUGAGAUGUUGGUGUAUAUACUACAUUGAACUCAUAUAUUAGUACCAACACAACAUUCUCUUCCAACUUCUACACUCCAGUGAUCACUGCUUGAGGGGUAUAGAUGCCUUAUCUUGCCUUCAAUUUUCCCUUUAAAGAUACUUCCACAUGUCUACUUGGCAGGCUGCAGACUACAAUUUUUUAC